AUGCAUUAUGUUCAUGAGAGUGGUACCAUGCUUGGCGCCUCCAGACGCGUAGUUGGAUUCAUUCCUCGGAGGUUACUAUCAGUGCGCCAAGUGCAUGGAGAUGGGGAUGCCGAAGAGCUUUUACGGUUUCACAAGAGCAGAGGCCAACAUAUUCUCGUCAACCCUCGAAUUCUGGACACCAUUGUUCGCAAAUCCGCCAUAAAACCCACAGACACUAUCCUUGAAAUCGGACCCGGCACCGGCAACCUUACCCUCAGGCUUCUCGAAGCAGCGCACAAGGUUGUAGCCUUCGAAAUUGAUCACCGCAUGGUCCAGGUUCUCGAGAAGCGCGUUCUUCAACGUGGUUUCAUAAAUAAGCUCAGGGUUAUAGAAAGAGAUGCGAUGAAAGCCCCGUUCCCGCGGUUUGAUCUUGUUGUGGCCAACAUUCCUUAUCAGAUAUCUUCCCCUCUGAUGAUUAAACUGGUGUAUGGGCCGACACCGUUUCGGAGUGCCACGCUUCUGCUUCAGAAAGAAUUCGCUCGAAGGUUAAUGGCUAAUCCCGGUGACUCUGGGUCUAACCGGUUGUCGGUGAAUGUGAAGCUUCUGGCUGAUGUGGAGCUUGUGAUGGAUGUAAGCAAGAGGGACUUUCUCCCUUCCCCUAAAGUAGACUCUUCUGUGGUCAUAAUCCGCCCGAAGCCUCAGGUUCCCAAUGUGGAUCUUCGUGAGUGGAGAGCUUUCACCAUGGUUUGUUUUAAUAACAGGAACAAGACACUAGGGGCAUCGUUUAAGAACAAGAGGAGAGUUUUGGAGUUGCUCAAAAUCUCGAAUGAAUACAAUGAAUCUUCUCCCCACGAAGGUGAUGAUGCUCAAGAUGAAGGAGAGUUUACCUCGUUCAAGGAAAAGAUUAUUGGGGUGCUUAGAACGGGAGAGUUUGAAGAUAAAAGGCCUUCAAAACUUUCUUUUGAGGAGCUUCUGCAUUUGCUCUCUUUGUUCAAUCAAUCUGGCAUUUAUUUUGGACACCGUGAACAGCUCAAGAGGGAAGAUAAGUUUGAUGCUGAUGAUGAAUAG